AUGGCGGCGUCCGCCGCAACAUCCAAGGACCGGCAAUUCCUUGCUGUCAUUGGCGAUGAAGACUCUGUCACCGGUCUUUUGCUCGCUGGAAUCGGGCAUGUCACCGACGGUCCAGACUCGCAAAAGAACUUCCUCGUUGUCGACUCAACCACUGAAACGGCGAAGAUCGAGGAACAUUUCCAGAAGUUCACAGAGGAAAGGAAUGACAUCGCAAUCGUUCUGAUCAACCAGCAUAUUGCCGAGCGCAUUCGCCUCAGAGUCGAUGCCUUCACCGAUCCUUUCCCCGCUGUUCUCGAAAUCCCCAGCAAGGACCACCCGUAUGACCCCGAGAAGGACAGUGUUCUCAAGCGUGUGCGCAGGUUGUUUGGAGAGUAA